AUCAGCCCCUUCCUUAGAGGGAAACAUGGGCCCACUCCCCUCACUUUCUUCAAUCAGACAAACUUAUGUUGUCCUCUUUCACUCUUCACUACUCUUCUCUUCUACCCCUCUUUCUCUGUUUUCUGUAAGACCCGUGUCCCUUUCUCUCUCUAUCUUUCUCUGUCUUCAUUCUCUUCAAUCUGCCCCCACACAUUAUACCCUUUUCAGUAUUUCUACUUGUCAUCUUUGUUUCAAAAAUCUUCAUUUGUUUCUUCAAAAACAACCUUUUUUUUCAUUCUUGGGUGUUGAUGUAUGUUGGUUUUUGUUGAUUUUUUUUUGGGUAUUUAAUAAAAAGGUGAUAUUUUUAUUACUGGGUUUUGAGAGGAGGAGAUGAUUUGCAGCAGGAAGAUCUUUUUUGGGUGUUGAUGUAUGUUGGUUUUUGUUGAUUUUUUUGGGUAUUUGAUAAAAAUGUGAUAUUUUUAUUACUGGGUUUUGAGAGGAGGGGAUGAUUUGCAGCAGGAAGAUCAUUUUUGGGUGUUAAUGUAUGUUGGUUUUUGUUGAAUUUUUUUGGGUAUUUGAUAAAAAGGUGAUAUUUUUUUUUUCUGGGUUUUGAGAGGAGGGGAUGAUUUGCAGUAGGAAGAUGUUUAAUUUGUUUGUGAGUAAGAAUGUGAGGAAGAUUCUUAAGCGUAAGGAUAGUGAUGCUGGUGAAAAAGGAAAAGCACUAGAAGAUCUACGGUCGUCAUUGUUCAAUGAACUACGCUCCUCAGAAUGCGCAAGGCGUUAUCAGCAACGCAUAUGUGGGCCGAUGGUGGCCCUCACUUUUAACUUUUUGGUGUCCGUUGGCAUAAUCUUGAUGAACAAACUGGUGCUUGGGAAGGUUGGCUUCAAUUAUCCGAUUUUUCUCACAUUUAUUCACUAUGUUGUAAGCUGGUUUUUAAUGGCUAUUCUAAACGCUUUGUCUAUGCUCCCUGCAUCUCCUGCAAAAGCUUCUCGUUUCUCGUCAUUAUUUGCUCUUGGUGUAGUCAUGUCCCUUUCAACUGGUCUUGCUAAUGUCAGUUUGAAGUACAAUAGCGUUGGAUUUUACCAGAUGGCUAAGAUUGCCGUGACUCCCUCCAUAGUGGUUGCGGAAUUCAUUCUCUUGCGAAAAAAGGUCUCAUUUAAGAAGGUUCUUGCUCUCACUGUCGUCUCUAUCGGUGUUGCUGUCGCUACAGUUACUGAUCUACAGUUCCACCUAUUUGGUGCUUGUAUAGCUUUAGCUUGGAUCGUUCCUAGUGCCGUAAAUAAGAUCAUGUGGUCCAAUAUGCAGCAGCGAGAGAAUUGGACAGCAUUGGCGUUAAUGUGGAAAACAACUCCGAUUACUGUGUUCUUCUUGGUAGUAUUGAUGCCUUGGCUUGACCCGCCUGGGGUGCUUUCUUUCAAGUGGGAUCUCAGCAACUCGUCUGCAAUUUUGAUGUCGGCUCUUCUCGGGUUCUUGCUUCAAUGGUCAGGAGCACUUGCACUUGGGGCGACAUCCGCUAUAACCCACGUUGUUCUCGGUCAAUUCAAAACAUGUGUUAUCCUCAUCGGAGGAUACCUUUUGUUUGGCUCAAAUCCUGGAAUAAUAAGUAUAUGCGGAGCAAUCACCGCCUUGAUUGGAAUGUCGGUCUAUACAUAUCUUAGUUUACACAAUUCAGAUCAGCAUUCGAAUAAAAACGGCUCGAAACAAGCUUCAUUUUCUUCACCAAAAUCUAGACUAAGCAGAGAAAACGGUGACAGUCAUGUUGCUAAUACCGGGGCAGAAUCUGUUUGAGUCAGGAACUAUCGUAUGCUACAAAAUGCGUAGAACAUACUGUUAUAGAUAACUAUUCACUAACCUCUUAAUUUACUUAGCAUAUUGCAUAUUCCAGGUUUCUAAGAUUUGUUAUGGUUGAACAAAUUUCCCCCAAUUUUUAUGUGUAUUAUUAUUUGUUAUAAUGUAUUAUUCACCGAGUUCUUUUUGAAAAUUUUACCUUCUCAAAUCUCAAUGAAAGAGUGAUAUUAGUGAGGCUAUAUUUUUAGCGGGUGU